CCACAGUGCAAGCUAUUAUCUUCGUACGGAGAGUGAGUGCCUCAGGCGCUGGAACUGAGAGUCAUACACGCUCUACACUUAUCGUACGUAGUCGCGGAUUCGCUUACUAAUAGUAUAAACUUACUCCGUAGAUAUAAUCGCGCAAGUGCUUACAUAUGCCGUGGUACAGACUAUCGGCUAGGAACCCGCUCGUCUAGUUCGCUAGCGUCCACUAUCCGAGUGCGAGUAUCUAAUGGGGAACUGAUGUUGAACGGGUUCUGUUUUUGUCAUCCGGAGAUGCAUUGGUGAUCCACCACUUAAUGUUGUCUGAAUUGCGUGAUCGCCAGGCCAGCUUGCGGAGCGGAGUGUUUUGGAUCGGAAUCAUAUUGCGGGGUAUUUUGUCGCACGAGGAGGUUCAGUGUAAUUCAGCUCUUUGGGGCUAGCUCCUCUGUCUGCAUAAAAUCUCACAGUGAAAAUUACAUCAUUGUCGUAUGAGCGAUAAGACGAAGCGUCUAUUAUUGUUUCGCGAUAGCGGCUUAUCUCUGAGUUUAGCAAGAUUACCUCUGCAGCCGAAAACAGACUAUCGUUUCGGAAAGUAUCUGUGUACGGUCUUCCCGUAAAAAACGGGUAUGUGCGUCUUAGCUUAAUAACCGCGCUCGCAGGAGAAACCCUUCAAUGAAAUCACGUGAUCUUCUGUGUACGUAACUAGUGGCAUGCCUCUGAGUCGGGUUUGACUAAGUUCUGGAUGCAUCUGCCCUGGAUAGAUCCAUAAUUGUAUCUUGACUGUUCGGGAACGGGCUCAAUUAAGAGUCAACCCUAGUUAGAUUCGCUGGCAAUUCAGUGUCGUAUUUUCACUUUCUCAAAAGCCAGGUGCCCAUAGUCGUUACUCACCUGCUUGAGCAAGGUUUCUGUCAGUAUCUAGUGGAAUACCCGCAAUCGAUUAGUGAUCGCGACAACUUGUCCACAUGUCCCCGUGAUAAGUGAAGGCGAAGUUUCAACGUAUGCAUGUGAUUGCUGGCCCGAGGCAAAUUUGUCUGCAACCUUAGAGUGGAACUACUGAAGCAAAUCUCGGUUAGUUUCGCGUAAUUCCAUCGCGUCGUGAUGUGUUUUGUGUUGUAGCGCUCAGUGAUCUUCUAAAUUUGGUGAAUAAUUCAUGAAGAAUUUGGCUAGAAGGCUAUUUACAUACCGACGAGUGUACGGGCUUCCUGGAGUUGUUUGUUAAAGGUGGAAAAGUGUGAAAAUACGAACAGUUUCAUUAAAGAGUUUCCGUGAUAUCAAGCCACGAGAGAAUAUCAUGUAGUGAAAAGGUUGAUCAGUGAAUUAAUCAUAUCGUGCUGGAUGUCAGUGCCUGCGCAAAUAUUUAUGAAGUGAAUAAUAAUGUGCCGCUGUUGUCAAAGUUGCUGGGAGGAUCUCUACUGGACCUGCAUCGAGGAAAGGUUUUGCUAUGACGAGAGUAUUGCCAACUACAACCCCGAUGAAGACGAGUAUUUUGAGAAACAAAAUGGAACAGUCAACGGUGUUCAGUCGAGCGACAACAAUAAUAUGCCAAUAUGUAAUCAACCGAUAAAUAGGAAUCCUUCUGUAUUAAGCUCGAAAAUUCACGAGGACGACUAUCGUCGUGAAAUCCAAACGACAGUACCAAUUUUAGCACCUGAAAUUCUCGCCGUGUUCGCAAACUCACAAAUAUUCAACGAACACCAACCAAAAUUGACGCGGAAUGCAACGAAAAAUUAUUUACCUGGUAUUCAUGGAAAAGAUAAAGAAACAGAUGAAGAAAAAUUGAUAAAACGUUUAGAAGGGGACACCGAAAUAACAUCAACACACCAAGCUGAAACCGCUGACAAAAAACCAAUAAGCUUCACCAUAUCCCCAGACUCGCCACCAUCAGAACUUCGACGAUCACUAUCCAAUCAAAAGUUCCAUGCAAUAAUCGAGGAGGAUGCAAGCAGUGUCAGCGACAAGGAUGAGGUGAUACUACGUCCCCAAAAGAUUUCAGCUGAUCCCAACGGUAGCAACAACCAUCUGAAAGCGCCGGACUUGUUCAGCAAAAACAACCUUCGCAACGUUAAAAGUGUUCCUUACUUCCCAAUACGACCCGCUAGUGAGAAUGAUAUCUUCAUCAUAUCGGAAACAUCUAGCAGGAUAAGUAUGACUCCUGAAAUUCCAUCGAUAUCCUAUUCUACCCUACCGAAGAACUAUGAAGACACUCCUACAAUUGAAAAGUACAGGGAGUCGACGAGUUUGUAUUCUAUUCAAACCGCGAACAUGGCGAAGGCUAUGAAAGUGGAUGAUUACUCCAUGCCUAGAUAUUUCAGGAAAUCCACCCUCCUCAGUCAGAGCACUGAUAGCUUCGCGAGUAGGGAUGAUGUUCAGCAGCAACCUCAAAAGCGCUAUGAGAGGAGUAAAAGACUAAAGAAUCUUAGGGAUUCGUUGCCACCAUUAAGGAUACACUCGAUUCGCCAUAAAUUCCGUGACGAAGCGAAAAAUGUAGAUUAAAGCUAAAAUGCAAAAAAGGCUCAAUUCAUCCCGGACUGAUUGGCUGAAAAGAUUUUGACAGUAUUCAUAUCAUUUUCAUGGUGAACCUAGUUUUCUGCAUUUUUUGAGAGGCAACGUACAAAAUAAAAAGACAUGGAAAUUUCACGUUUGAAUAAGAUCACCUUCCUGGGGUUCUUGGAUGUCCAAAAGUUCCGGGUCAAGAUCCCAGUGGUGCUGUUUUGUACUCCCAUCCGAAAUAUUUGUAUAUGAUUGUGUACUUAAAAGAAAAUGCAACUGAAAAGUCUGCUCCUAUUUUUACUACGCAUAAUUGAUAAUCAAAAGUCCACUAGGCUAAGAACAACCCUUCCCACUACUUUCCGUUCGCCCCCCCCCCUCUAUUCGUUAUUUUGUAUAUUAAAGACCCAAAGAUUCAAGGCGUGUUUUCGAUUUGUUUGAAAUGAAUCUUCCUCGCUAUUUGAAGCAUUUGUCGCUUUUCUUUCCUAUUGUAUCUUUUUUAAAUACAACAAUAAAUAUAUUAUCUAAAACUUAUAACAAUAGCAUUUAAUGUGCCUUUUAUUAAGUCCAGGACGGAUAUUUGAGAAAUCAUUUUUUGGUUAAUAAUAGUUUUUAGAGAAAUAGAUACAUUUAAAAAA